CCGUCACAAGCACCGAGCGUCGCCUCGUCGUAUCGCUACAUCGGAUCCGGUAUCUCUCUCGUUCCAGCGUGAAGAAAGAAAGUGUAGGAAAAGUGAGAGUGCCCCAAUCGCCCCGUUCGUAGCCCGUUCCUUGCUUCACCACCAAUUGAAGUCCUUCGUUUGCGGAUUGCGGAUUGUGAGCUGUGCAAGUUCACGGUCACGGUCACGGAAGUAAUAUCUACCAGUAAUCGACCUGUUUCUUGGUGCCGUUAGCGGUGUGCUAGUCCUGUCGCCGUUGUCGUUGUCGUCGUCGUGAAGAAAGUGAAACCGGUACAUGAUGCGGUCGAUGUCGCGCGCCGCGAGGUCGAAUGCCUCAAUUGCAGUGGUUGUGCUGUUGCUGGUCGCAUUGAGCAAUGAAUGCUUCGCCUCACUUCCAUCGUCAAUUAAGGUUUGCUCUCGGAAUGAUCCCAACAUUGCCACCUGCAUCACGCAAUCCGUCAAUGAGUUGCGUCCCCGGCUGGCUAGUGGCAAAAUCUCGGAUGGUUUCAACAUUCCGCCAAUGGAACCGCUUGCCCUCAGCACGAUCAACAUGGACCGUGGUUCGGAGUUUAAGGCCCAGUUCAGUGAUCUGCUCGUUUCCGGGCCCAGCAUGUUCAAGAUCGAUGAUCUGAAAGUAAACCUCGACAAGUGGAUGUUUGACUUCAACAUCUUCCUGCCGAAGCUAUCCUUCAAGGGAAAGUACGAUCUGAAGAUCAAGCUGCUGGUGCUCAACAUUGCCGGUGUCGGCGAUCUGACUGGUGUGGUCGAAAACAGCCAUGCUCGCGUGAAGCUAAUGCUCGAAAAGUACCGGCGGGAGGAUGGUCGGGAGUAUCUGCGAGUCCGGAAGCUGCUGGUACGCAUCCAGGUCGAGAAGGGACGCUUCGACAUGAAGGAUCUGUUCCGGGGCGAUCCGGUCCUGAGCCAGGUCGGUAACCAGUUCAUCAACGAGAACUCGCGCCUCUUCCUGGACGAACUGACACCCGGGCUGGAGCGCAGUCUCGCCGAAACGUUCAAAGAAACGUCCAACGAGAUCCUGCAGCAGGCAACUCUGGAUGAGAUAUUCCCGGUUUAAGGGCAACGCACCGCGAUUGCGUCUCAAGAAAGUCAAGGACAUGCUAUUGCCGUCGCCAUGCGGCAGAAGGAAUGGGUAAUCUACCGAUAAACUGUGAUCAAUUUGCACCGGAGCGAUCAGCACAUCCGCCAAGGGCGCGAAUGGAGGGAUCGAUCAAGUACAAUAGUGCGUAUGUUAGUGUGUGAGCGUAGGGAGAGAGAGAGCAACUUGUCCCACAGUUAGCGAAUGUGGGAAAAUGGUUGAUACAAUAAAAUUACUUAAUGCACCAAUACUA